AUGCUCAAAGCGUGUGCGAACGCGGGUGACAUCCAUGUGGCAGAGCGUCUUUUCCAAUCGCUGUGCAGUCAGCGAAUCGCGCCAAACAGCAAGACCUUCGGAAAACUGAUAGAGGCUGCAGCGAAAAGCGCCCACCCACACCAUGCCGUCUCUUGGCUUCAAGAGAUGCAACGCUGCAGUUUCAAGCCGGAUCUCCUGAACUACAACGAAGUCAUCGCAGCCGCGGCGAAUGCCCAUGACCUGGACUCGGCUGUGGCCUGGUUGGCGCAUUUGGAAACCGAGAAUCUUCAGCCCAAUAUCUUUUCAUACAAUUCGGUCCUCAGCGCUGCUGCAAAGAAGGGGGACCUUCGCAUCUCCCGGGCGAUUUACCAGCAGAUGCAGGAAGCUGGUACUCGGCCAGAUAUGUACACCUUCAACACCAUCAUCAGCGCGGCAGCACGUGCAGAGUCUGGAGUUGCGGCAGCUGACGAGUGGCUGAGAAUCAUGAAGUCCGCUUCUGUCACGCCGGGGCCAGAAACUUUUAAUGCACUGAUGGAUGUGGCCGCCAAGCACCAUGACUUGCCAGCUGCUGAGCAUUGGUUUCGCGAGCUUGUCGCCGAGGGAUGGCUGCCGUCUGCCGUGUCAUGGCGGACCCUGAUUGCAGCUAGCAUCAGCUGUGAAGAAAUGCCUGCUGCAGCUACGUCGCUGCAAGCGAUGGCUGCUAGCAAAAUCCAGCCAGAUGCGGUGACCUACUCCAGGCUACUCCGCGCUGCGGCAAGAUCCCGGUGCUCCAUGCACACGUGGCUACGGCACAUGCCACAGCCAUCGAGGGAGGAUGCCGGCCUGGUAACGAACAUCCUGGCAGAUGCAGCAGCUGAAGCAGGUGAUGCUGCCGAAGCACAGCGCUUCUUAGAGCAGAUCAGGACCCUGAAAUUACAGCCAGACCUGUUCACCUACACAGCGGUCAUCAAGGCUUGCGUCCACGCAGGUGAUGUGAGGGGUGCCGAGCACAAUUUCAAUUUGAUGUCGCAGCAGGUUCGGCCAGACCUUGCUGCCUUCGGCCUGAUGCUGCGUUCCUGCCUUCAGAUGCCGAACGGCCUGCGCCAGGAGAAGGCCAUGGCUUGGUUCCGCUCGAUGUGUGAUAGCUGCCUGUCGCCUUCAGUGCUAGAGUACACCCAGCUACUGCAAGCUCUUGCUGAGCCUGGUCACCCAGAUGUGGAGGCAGUUUUCCGUGAGAUGCUUAUGCGAGGCGUUCUGCCAACCCGAGUCACGAUCAAGGUUGUGGAGAAAGUGCUCGGGCGUCGGGUCGUGAAGAGACUGCUUGAGGAGCUGAACGUAGAUGAGACGUCUUUGGGUGAUUUGGUCACGGCUGACUUCCAGAGGCGGCACACAUUAACCGCCCCAAGGGCGAAGGAAUUCGAGCGGCAGAAACGCCUAGCUUACUUGAGCCAACCUAAUCGGGACAAAAAGGGCAACCCACCGCGCGGCAGUGUGUCUAUGUGCGGUGCUAAAGUGUGCCUGAAAUUGCCUCUAAGUCCUGCGUUGGUCGUGGACGUGGCUACAGGAGUUGACAUGGCCAUACAUGGGCUGCCGAAGUCUGACGGAAGUCAUUGCAUGAAGUUUCUGGUAGGCUCUGCUGUUUGUCCUCGGCUGCACAACAUGUUCGCAAUGUUUGCUUCGGUCAACUGGCCUAAGGUUAUGAGCCCAGACGCCACUGCGGAGGAGCAUCGGGGAAGUGUUGUGAUCCCUCGCUUUCGUCCUACGUGUCAGGGGAGGACGCCUUUGAAAGCUAACGAUCUGGUUUACUUUCCAAAGGUGAUGAGCCCUGUGCCCAAGAAGAGACUGCCGGUAGCACAGCAGAAGGAAGUGCCCGGAUGGUUGCUACGGCGAAUCAUCUACAAGGAUACAGACUUCCUCGUCCUGGACAAGCCCAUUGGGUGGUCAGUGGCUCCUGGAAAGCAUGUUGGCGGAACGCACCUGCUUCGAUUGCUGCCAAGCCUGCAGUUUGGCAUGGAGGAGCCACCCCGGCUGGUCCACCGGCUGAGCACGGAGAUGAGCGGGGUGCUGCUGCUUGCAAGGCACAAGGCUGCGGCCUCCUUCGCCAAGGACAUGGUGGCGCAACGUUCUUUCUGGCAGCGGGAGCUAUGGGCUGUCGUUUGUGGACGGACGCCCAAGUCUGGGCAAGUCUCUAUGCCCUUGGCAUUGGAGAGGCUGGGCACAGGAUCGGUUGCGAAACCAGUAAGAGAAGACGAUGGUGGCUUGCCCGCCAUGACCGAGUAUUCGUCACUGCUGUAUUCUCCGCUGGCUGGUGGCCUCACCCUCUUGUCCAUGAAUCCCUACAGCGGCAGGUAUCACCAAACACGUGCGCACUGUGCCUUCGGACUGCGUGCGCCCAUGGUGGGGGAUCCCAUCUACUACCAAUUGUCGAACGAGUUGUCCACGGUGUCCGACUUCAAAGUCAGGUACCACUCAGCGGAGGCACGGCGUGAACGUGCCGAGCUGGUGGGCGCUCAGCCCCGCUUGCACCUGCACAGUCGCCAGUUGACCAUCAAGACUUUUGCGGGGAAGGAAGUGACGGUCACUGCGCCGCUGCCGCCCCACAUGUCCACAACCUUCCACGCUCUUGGAUGGUCUCAGUGGCUAAGGCGUGCUGAGCGACGAGCCGCAGUGCAAAGUGCAUGGCGGGCGGAGGAGGACCCUCAUAUCAUCGAAGCCCUGGCGCAGGCCCGUAUUGAAGCAGACCAGCGCCCCAAAGAACCACAUUCUGGCUCGGAGGAGGACGAUGCUGGGGAGCCUGGAGAGCCAGAGGCAGAAGAUGCUCCUGAAAGUUGGGGGGAUCAAGUGGAUCAAGUGGAUCAAGAUCUCGAUACCGCCGCUGCUGGUCGUGGGCGUCGGUCCCGAAGAAGAACUUGA